GAACACCUAAAUGUUGUCAUUUCUAAUGGUAAAAGAACAGUUAAGGAGUAAAAUGGUUUUCUUGCUAUUAUUAUAUAUGACCUGGAUAACUUCCGUAGAAUCAAAUCAGAAGAACAGGCAUUUCGGCGACAUCGGAAGGGUUCCGGCUGACAACGAACCAAUUAUUCGGGAAUUAAUUAAGCGUGUUGAGGUUCUCGAAGCACGUGACGUGACUCAUACGCAAGUACUCGAAGAACUGGAAAAGAAACAUAGAAAGGAAAUUGAUGAACUCAAGCUAGAACUUGCCAAUCAAAAGCAUGAAAUUACUAUUUUACGCAAGAAGAGCGCUGGACGUAGUCGUCUGAUAGCAAUACUAAUGCGACGCACGAAGCCGUGUGUCGAGUCGUGUGUUACCGGGUCGGAAGAGACUGGAAGCGAUAUUCAGAAUCUCUCUGAUGAAAGUAAAGUCAACAGAAUUCGACGAUCCAUGAAUGAGGCGAAGAUUGCGUUCACAGCUGGUCUAACACACACGUUCUCUCAUGCCGGCGCACACCAAAACAUAGUAUUCGAUCACGUGGAAACUAACACAGGAAACGGCUACAAUCCUCAUAAUGGAGUGUUUACUGCACCAGUUUCAGGACUUUAUUUGUUCUAUACAUCCGUCCUGGCUGAUAACAACCGCGAGGUUUGGUGCCAAGUUGUCGUCAAUGGGAAGAAUAAAGGGUCCGCGUACGCACGUGGUACAGAUGGUCGACAUGAUCAAGGAAGCCAAGCAAUAAUUGUUCAGCUUCAACAAGGAGAUGAUGUCGCUGUACAAAAUGUUGCUGCUGACGACGCAAUUUAUGGCAGUGAUGGAAUCUAUUCGACGUUUUCUGGGUUUCUUUUGCAGCAAGAUUAUUCCCAAAACAUUGUUGGAUAAAUGGAAUAAAAUGUAUCUAAAAGUUAAGAAAUACAUUAUCU